CAACAACACAACCGCUUCUGCUCUCCUUGCUGAUGUGACUUGCUGCUGAUUGGAGCAGCGCACACCCACACACCCACCCGGCAACACUGCACGUUUGUCACGCAUAACCAGUGGGAGUGCCUGCUCCCCACAACGUGAUGUCAGACGAUCGCGGGCCACCUUCAGAUCAAUAUCACGCCACCACUCCUCAAGAGGGCAGUGAAGGUACACCAGCGUCCGUGGGCUUCAGUAGGCUCCGCCGCGCUUCGUUGAUGGGCCUGACCGCCACCCCGUUGCUACCGCCUCUUUUGCCGUGGUCAUCAGCCAAUAUGGAGCCUUCGCAGCCGACACGCAGCGGCGAUCCCGUCCUUAACGCCCUCGUCGCAGAGUUUGAGCGGGCUGCAGAGCAGCGCCUGCUGAACAUCCUCGACGAUGCAGAGGCAAAGGGCGUAUCUGUCGCCAAGCUGCUGCGCCAUGGAGUGGACGAGACGUUUGACCACCACAUCCACGCCCUGGGCGUGAUGGCGGAAGACGAGAAGCGCCUUGCUGCGCUCGUGGACCGCCUCGUUGCAUGGCGCGCACAACUGGGUGUCCACGAUCCUCCCCGCCAUUCACGCAAUCCAUCGCCGGUGCCAAGGCGCCACGAUUCGUCUGCAGCGGAUGAGGAGCUCUCGGAGCGACGCGAGCUGGGAAUCAACUUCAUCUUCUGUCGUAUACUGAUCGGCGUUCUCGACAGCCGCGCGGUAGUGCUGCCGCAUCAACUCGUCAAAACAAUCGUUGGCAUCUGCUUCCUCCACUUUGGACUCGAUGAAUGUGUGAGGAGCGGAAAGAACGUUUCGAGCGCACGCGAUGUCGCUGCGCAGUUUGCAGAGGCUGUCGGUGUCAUUUCCCAAACUUGUUUCACAAUUGUGUCGGAGUACUUUCUGCGUGUGCUGCGGGAGUACAGCCACGAUGUCAUGUACAUGGCAACCGUCAUCAACAGCAUGCGCUUCCUGUGCAUCAAGCUCUAUCCCGUUGCAGACCUGGAGGCAUGCUUCCUCUUUCUUGGGAAAUGUGCACAGCACUUUAUUGCUGCAACCAAGAAGGAUCUGAAGCACGCGUGGUCGCAGCUGUUUGUGGAGCUCCUCCUGCCAGUGGCGGCGGAGCGGGUUGACAUUGCGAUGCGGUUCAUCCUGGACGACCUGCUUGGUCCCGUGUCGUCCUCGGGCCGCGUGCUUCCGGAGCGCACCAUCAUCGCCGUACGCGCCGUCCUCCUCAUCACCAACCAGCUGGAGAAUGCAGAGCGUGUGCCGCCCAUGCCGCUCAAGUCCGAGUCGCUGCCGUCCGCAACGGAGUCCCGCGCGCGCACGCUCCUCACCACCAGCUCGCUCUCCAAGGAGCAGGCCGAGAUGAUGGGCUUUGCGCAGUACCUGCAGCCUGUGCGCGACACCUUGAGCAAGCUGCUCACGCACCUUCACAACGAGGUGGGCACGCACAGCAUGUUUUCGACACUGCCCUCUGACCGAAGCGCAGCGAGCCACAAGCCCAGCCUUGAUCUCUACCGCACCUGUUUGGUGGCCGUGCCCCGCUUCUUCGACGACACGUGCAUGCACUGGCUGUCGUUUGUAUUUGCAGCCACGGUGCAUGUUGAUGCGGAGGUGCGCAAGCUGGCUUCCACGGUGCUGCAGUGCAUUGUGCGCAACCAGAGCCAUCUUCGCCCCGUUGUCCUUCAGAAGUUUGCCGCGUUUGUGGUUGCCUCGGUUCCCAUUCGCAACCCAACUGCUAUCGACACGUGUCUGCGCGUCGUCAUCUAUCUUCUGCGCCAGUGGACGCGCACUAUGAAGGAGCGCGCGUGCGAGGACGCAGACGCUGUCACGAAUCGGGUGGUGGCCCACCUCAUUGGCUCCGACAUCAUGGCCUCACAGAGCGACUUUGUGGACUUCAACGCUGCGCGAUCUGAGCUGCAGCACCCUGCGCCCAGCCCCGCCCGCCGCCACACAGGCAGCGCACAGCCAGCGCAAGCGCGACAGGGAGCAACACCACCAGGCAGCCCCCGUGCAACACCACAUGUCCGCGUCACGAAGCGGCGCCUGCGGCGUAUUGGCGAGCAGAUGGCAGAUGAGGCAGACACACCAGCUGCCCAACACGGUGCCACCACUGCCAGUGCAUCGGCCUCCACGAUGGCAAGUGUUCCAUCGUCCUCGGCAUCGCCAGCAAAGACAGCAGCAGCGGUGCCGUUGACGACGUCCCGCGCACAUGCACACGUGUCACAGCAGCAGGAGCAGGAAAUGAACGAGCUCAUCAACACGCUGGAAGGAUUUUGCCUGGCAAUGCUGCUGCAAGCACAGACAACCACCCGCAAACUCGCGUUUGUCGUGGCCAACGAGGUGCACACGCUUGUAUCUGAGCUGGUGUUUCUCCAUGCCUAUCGCAAGCUGCGACAGCCGACAACGCUGCUAUCCCAGCUCUUGGACCGUGACGCUGCACACGUGUUCACAGCGGCGGUGCACGAAGACCUGCACACGUCCUCCAGCACUGGUGACGACGACGACAACGCCGCGGCAGCAGCAGUUACAGCAGCGGCGGCAGCAGCCGUGACCGCCUCGUCAUCGUCGGCUUCGUUCAGUGGUGCAUCUGCCUCGCUCGCUGCCGCCGUUAGCGCUGCUGCUGUUGGUCGCAUGUCCCGCACGCGCAGCGCCGGCAGUGUUGGCCUGUCCAGCAGCAACUCCUCUGAGCGGGGCGCCCGCAGCGGCGAGGGAAGGGAUGGCCGCAGGAGCACCAAGGCCACGGAUGCAGCAGGUGCGCCACGCUUGGCACCGGAGCUUAUGAGCGAUGACGUGUUGCGGGUGCUUCUGUCCUCCUCCCCAACGGGAAUGGACGCGCCAGACAUGUGGACGGCGCUCGUGUGCGGGGUCGUCCUGCACAACAGCGGCAGCGACGCGCACUUUGGUGAUGUGCUGCGCAUUGCCUGGACGUUCUCGCUGCGACUGCUACUGCGGGCCGAGGUGAUGGACUGGGAUGUGGCUGGCCAUCGCUCCUCAAGCAAGCUUAAGCAUGGCCCACGCGUCGCAGAGCAGGCGCUCCUCUCGUUCCGCGCACUCGUACACUUCCUCUUCUGCACUGCGGCGUGUGCACGGGAAGGCAGCGAGUCCGGCCACGCAGCGCAGCUCCUGCGCGCCUUUGACCAGCUGUCGGCGUCCCUCACGGCUGCGACAUCCUCCACAUCAUCGUCGUGCGCGUCGUCAGCGUUGCUUCAGCACGAGGUGCCCUUGCAGCUGCACGGCUUCUUCCAGCUCGCAGCCGCGUUACUGCGCAGCGAGCAGCGUGCUGUUCGAGACAUUGUCGUGGCUGCUGUGACGCGGGUUGCCGCCCCCGUGUUCCCGCAGCUGCUGGAUGCACUCAAGCCGUGCUUCACAGAGGCGCUCGACCUGCGUUCUGAGAGCAUGCGUAAGCGCCGGCGUCGAGACACGCUUCGCCUUGACCUCGUGCGUGUGUAUGAGGCCGCUGCCUCUGCCGCUGCCCAGUGCUGCUUGCAGGGUAUCCAGGCCAGCACCGUGCCGCCUGCACUCAAAGGGAUCAUCACGGGCAUCCGAAACUACCUGGAAAUUGAUGGCGUGGGGGACACGGCGUACCUGCUCGUGAUUCGCCGCCAUUUUUGCGGGUUUGUCACCACGUUCAUCAACACGCUCAGCGAAGAUCCCUCCCUGUACCUGAGCUUCUUCACAAACGAGCUGCGCACGGACCUGUUUUCGCUCUUUGUGCGCUUCACGCCAUGGCAGGUUGACCCAGCCGCCGUGGGCGCAGGCGAGAGCGCGACAAGCACAAGCACGCGCGGAGUCAGUGCUGUUGCUGCUGCUGCAGCUGCUGGCGUUGGUGCGUCUCGCUCAUCCAUGGCGCAACGGCCUGUGAGCGCGUUUCCGUUUCUGUUUCAGGUGCAGGAUCACGAUGCCGAGGGCGGGCCUGGUCAGGCCCGCCGCCACUUCCACACAUUGCAGGGCCAUCAGGCGGGCAUGCGCCACGCCGCAUCGCACGCGAACGGCCACGGCCACGGUCACGGUCAGCGCGGCAGCGGCAGCCGUGACGACGGUGGUGGCAUGCACACGUUGGCGCGCGGUGGCGUCGAUGAACAGGGCCGGUACCACCACCACAUCCACUUUUUCUCGCAUCGGUCACACCACCACAGUCAACACCAGCAACGGCACAGUGACCAUUCCCACGGCCAACAGCAGCAGUCACAGCAACCAUCACAAAAACACCACCAACCGCACCAACAAUCGCAGCAGCCGCCGCAGAGAAGAGGAAGGGAUGCACGCGCGUUUGAGCCGGUGGAGAUGCUCGUUCAACACAAGCUGCUGUACGGGUUUGGGCUCACCGCCCCCCAGAGCGGAGCAGCCUCCGCCACAACGCCUGCAUCGUCAACAGCAGGAACGGCAGCAACAACAGCAGCGAUUGGUGUGGCGUCAGCAGAUGUGAUGCAGGCUGCGUCCCGCACCUACCAGCGCCAGCGGCAGGUCUCGGAGCAAUCGAGCAUUGAGCUUGAGGUGAGUGACGACCAGGUGUUGCACGUUGAGGCCACCAGGGCGCUGGCGGCGCUUUGCCGCGGGCCCGCGUUUGAUGGGCACGCGUCCAUCAACAGCCCGGGCUACCUGAAACAGCUGUGGAUGAAUGUGCUUGCAAGCAACGUCCCGCUGUAUGGGUACAUUGCGCAAUCUGCGCUGGAGAACAUGUUGCGUGGCGCUGCUUCCUCUGUCUCUGCUGGUGGAUCUACCCAAGGCGCGCUUGGCAUUGCCACGUGGGUGCUACAGCUUUGCUACUCAAGCACGUCUGCGCUGGCGCGAAGUGUGGCCUUCACCGCGCUGGCAAACGCCUGUCUGCACGACACCAGCAGCAGCAGCAGCAGCAGCAGCGGCAACGGCACCAGCACGAGCAACAAUAGCAACAAGGGCACUGCUCGAGGAAGCUUCCACAGCAGCUGCAGCGACAGCUAUGGCUCUCCUGGUGUGCUGACGCGUGUGCUGGUGCCGGUUGAGGUGCUGUGUGUGUCAUUGUACGCGUUGGCGGAUGCGCACGAGGCGACACGGCGGCGCGCACAGCAGCUGUUUCGCACAAUCACCCGGCGUUUCUUUGUGCCUGUUGAUGGCGAGGAGGUUGUGUUGGCCGCACAGUCGCACACGCCCAAGGUGCACAUGGAGAUGCAGGCGCGCCUGUCCACCCUCCUCGCAGAACAGGACGCGCAGCUCGGGCCCGCUGUUCUGUUUGAGUUUAUGAAGUGGUUUGAUGUCUGCGUGCCGAGCGCGCGCGCGGUGCUGCUGCGCCUGAUGUGCCCCUGGCUGGGCAAGCUGGCCACGGACGUGUUUGUGCGCCGGACCAAGCUGCUGCCGCACGAAGUGGACAUCAUCCAGCGCGUUGUUCUGCGCAAUUUGGUCAGCAUGCAGGCGCGCUUCCCUGGCGAUGUGCUGGUUGACGAAUUUGCACGCGCGUGGGAGGCCGUUGCUCGCGGGAGCCAGCUGCUCCUGCCUGUGCUCGACAUGCUGAUGCGCGAGGGAGCGGUGCGCCGGGUGCCCCUGUUUCUGGACUGCGCACGUGCCAUCGUCGUGCAUCUGAUGACCACGCAGCCGGACCGCACGGUGCGCGUGCUGGUUCACCAGGCGUGUGAAGCGGAGCCGCUGUUUCCGGAGCGGCUGAUGGGUGGUGGCAUUUCCUCCUCCAGCACAGGUGUGCCCCGCACAUCGCUGCCGCGUGCCAGUUCAAACAGACCAGGCUCCCAUCGGUCUCGCACGCGCGCCGUGGCGCCACGCAGCCUCUCCGCGGACGCGCGCGAGCGCAGCCGGGACUCCAUGACAGCCGAUGGCAGCGCAGACAAUCGCGGGCGCACAAGCAACGCCAGCAGCGACCACGGGCGCGUCACGGCGUCAUGUGAUCAGCAGCUGGCGCCCACAGACCGUGCAGGCUCUGUGGAGGACGUGGAGGGGUUUCCGCCCACGUCUGACGGCGACCUGGAAGGCACGCACAACAAGGGCGGGAAGAGAGCAACUCAAGCUCACGAAGCAGCGGUAGAGGCCAGCACGCCCUCGCGUUCACAGGCGCCCCCGCUUGUUCGGGCUGCUUCCCAGGACGGGGAAAUGCCACACAGGCAAGGACCCAAGGCAGGCGAUGAGAAGGACGCGCAGGCCAUUUCGCAGAGCUCCUCCAGCGAAUUAUCCGCACAGGGCGUUACAACGGCGGGUCGCAGCAGCGACGGUGAGGCGAGCAACAUGCACAUGCGAAAGCCGAGGCGGCACAGCAGCCAUGAUCUUGAAUCGCUCGGUUCACAGUUUGAUGUGCGCGGCAUUGUCGUGUAUCAGCUACCACUUGACGAUCUGCUGCCCAUUACGGACCAUGAUGCCUUCAACGACGGCUACAACGUGCCGCUGCUCUUUUUGGUGGAGGCGCUGCAGCACUGCCCAGACUACGAUUGGCUGGCCCACGCCCCUGCCCUUGUGAACCUGUGCUUCCUCAUCAUGGACCACCCUGAUGCAACAACGCACGAGAAUGCAAAGCGGCUGUUGGCGCACCUCAUUCGCCUCUACGCACUGCCGCCUGCCACUGGCUUCACCAUGCGCAGUAGCGGCGGCAGCGGCCGACUGGGAUCCAGCGGUGGCGGUACUGGUGAUGGCAGUUCCCCUGUCCAGCGCACUGAUGGCUCUCGUGAUGUGUUGGUGGGCCCCUCGGACAGCACCAGCGGUGGCAGUCGAGGGAAGAGCAACUUGGCCGGGAACAGUGGCAACUCCGGCGACAGCAACUACAACACGACCAGAGGAAGCAGCAGCAGCACAGGCGACAGCACCAGCAGCAGGAGCAAUAACAACAACGGCGCUCGUCGCGCCAACAGUGCCACAACGAUGGCGGCCAGUACCAAUGCUGACGCUGUGACUCCUGCCGUUUCGACAACCGCACAAACCAACAACACCGCUGCAACGGUUGGCUUGCUUCCGACUCGUACCGUGCGCAACAGCGACACAAAGGAGCAGGUGCUGCGCUUGUUGGCGGUGCCUGGUCCCCUGUGGAUGUACGAAGACAUCCUGCCGGGCUUCCCGCACAUUGCCAGCGAGACGCUGGUGCGCGGCUGGGCGGAGGAAGUGUGCACGCUGCUUGGGACGCGGUACGAUGGCCUUCGGGACGAGGAGGACAGCGAGGCGUUUGCGGAGCGGUGGGCGUCAGAGGCCCUGCACUGGGCCACGUCGUGCAGCAACCGGCACAACGCGUCGCGCGCGUUCCAGGUGCUUCGCAGCGUGUGCGUGUCUGUGUCCGAGACGAGCUUGAACGUGAUGCUGAUGCGACUGGCGGACGUGGUGGAAAGCCCCGGUCUGGAGGCGCAAGGAUACGCCGUCGACGUGCUGCUCACCUUCCAGCACAUUGUGCGUGCGGUGCAAGAAGGGCGGUUGCCGCGUGGCACCUCGCCCACGGUGCUUCUGCCUCGCAUCUUCUGGACGUGCGUGUGUCUGUUUGAGUCGACGCUGCUGCACGAGUUUGAGAUGGCGCUGUCCAUCGUGCAGGCGGUGCUGGAGGUGGACGCGUUCUCAAAGGUGCAGUGCCAGACGCUGUCGCGUCGCGUGUUUGAGGAGCUCAGCUGGCACAACUUCCCCGGCGUACACGACCUCGCACUCAAAGGUCUGCUGAGCGAGCGUCUCGUGGAGAAGGUGCUGGCGCUGUUGUCACAGCUCACACCGCGGCUGCAGGACCCCAUCAUGGACCAGCGUGACAGCCUGUGCAUCAAUGCGGUGGCGCUCGUGCCGCGGAUGGUGGCCCACUUUGACGACGCCAUGCGUGACGACAGGGUCACGGUGUCUGCGGAACGGCUCUCUGAGGCAACGCGCCCGCUCAACUCGCGGUUGUCCCGCCUGUUUCAGCUGUACGCCUCGCGUGAGUACACGAAGGACGUGGCGGCAUGGGUGGCCGACUUUGGGCGGUUCUACAGCAGCGCGUUCUUCCCAGACCACGACGUGCAGGUGUUCAGUUUCCUCAUCAGCCUGCUGGAGAGCGGGGCCUCCGCUUACCACGCGCAGCUGGUGGAGGUGCUGGCGGCGCUCCUGCGUUCGCUCAAGACCGACAAGCUGAGCAACGUGCCCCGGUUCAUUGUGGACCUCACCUCCGUGAUUGUGCGGCUGCAGCGGCAGGGCAUGUGGACGGAGGCGCUUGCGCUGACCGAUGCGGCGUCGUUCCUGACUGCCAAGCGGCUGCCAGCCUCGGCACUGACAGCAACGCAAAGCGAGCACGGUGACGGCGGCGUGUUGUACGAGCCGUGCCCGUCGCCACUGCCGACCGAUGUGGAGGCGGCCGAUGCCGGUUCCUCGUCGCGGCAGUGGCCGCCGGUGGGCUCCUUCGGCGCCGUUGCGCUGCACAGCACGUGGCAGGCCACGCGGGAUGGCGAGGCGGCGCCGGGGGCGCGCGCACGCCUGAGCGAACUGCUGCGCACGUGCGGGCGCGAGAUUCUGCCGUCUGCGCAGAGCAUCGUGUUUGCAUCGCAGCCCGAUGCGCAGAGCACGGGCCCGCCGUCGCCAGACCGGCUGCCCACCACUGCGCCCAGCAGUGGCGACGGCACGCAGCCGCUGGUGGAGGCCGAGGACAUUGUGCCGCCCGAGGAGAUGCUGGUGGCGGAGUACUUUACGGACUUUGACUUUCUUGAUCGGGAGCUUGGGGAGGAGGAGGCGCGAGACACGAUGGACGAGGACGAGGAUGGGGGCCGGCGCGGGCGCGACCGUGACGGCGGCGAUGCGACCGGGACGGAGGAGGCUGACGACGAAGACGAGGACGCGGGCGAGCUGGCACAUUUUGGUGCUGCUGGGCGUACCGUUGGCGCGCUCUCUCGCCAGUACGAGCAGCGCCAGCACCAGCACCAGCAGCCCUUCCACCAGCACCAGCACCAGCACCAGCACCAGCACCAGCAGCGUGCGCGGCACAAAGCGCUGCCACGCACGCCGAGCGGGCGACAGGCGUCGUCCAGCAGGCGGAGUUCGCGUCCAGGCAGCGGCCGCCAGCGCAAGGGCGUGGGCGCAGGCAACGCCGCCGGCGGUGCUGGCGAGGACGACAACGCCUUGAGCGUCUUGAUGGAGAACCCCGAGGGCACGGGCCUCAUUCCGCUGCGCAGCACCAGCUCCUCGCCGCGGCCGCUGCGCAACCAGGGCAGCCGGGCGCUUCUGGCGGAGCAGGAUGUUGGCGAGGCGUGGCCGUUCUUCAGCCGCGAGCGACGUGGCUCCAUCCCGGGGCGGGCGUCACUCAACUCGUCAACGCGCUCGCUUGAUCGCCUGGGUUACUCGGACAGCGGCAGCUUCGGCAACCUGACGCGCAGCGGCACGGGCAAGCCGUUCCAGAGCCACGGGUCUGCGUUUGUGCGCAUCCCCGACGAUGAGGUGGAGGUGGAGUGGGAGCGGCACGUGUUUGCCGCUGUCGGCGAUGACACGGGGCAUGUGCUCGUGCACACGUUUGCCGUCUUUGAGCAGCUGUAUGAGGCUGCCAUCUCACAGCACCGGCGGCUUGUGUCGGAGUGUGUGCAGCUUGUGACGGACCAGCUGCCCCGCACCGACCUCACACCGCUCAUGCACACGGUGGAGAGCCUGCUGCAUGUGCAGCUGCCGUUUGUAUACGUUGACACGGAGGCGCUGGCCAGCGCACACCUGCUCAGCCCGCACAAAUCCCUGGUGAUCCAGCUGCACGAGCUGUGGGAGACGUUCUCCCUCAAGCGGGAGGACGCCAUGGCGUGCCUGCACAAACUCAAGGCGUCACUGCGGCAGAGCGCGCACGCGGACGCGCGGUGGCGCGGGCGACCCCGCUCCUCCGGCGCAGUGCUCUCUGUGGCGGACACGGACGAUGAGGCGGAUGGCGCAGCGCCACGCGCACAGGCAAAGGCGCUGGUGGUGAUGGUGUGUCGGCUGCACACGGUGCUUGGCAUGAUGCUGGGUGUGUAUGUGCAGCUUGUGACCGGGGUGGAGGGCAUUGGCCGCUACCCGCUCAUGCACAACAUCAGCGGGGAAGUCGGGGUGGUGAUGAACGAGAUCCAGGAAGCGAUUGAGCGCCAGCCGAGCGCUAUUCGUCGAGUGGACUGCUCAAACCUGUCGAAGCAGCGCGCCAUCCAAUCCCUUGAGAGCCACCUCGAAGCAAAGCAGACACAGCAGGCGCUGUCGCUUCUUGAUGGUGAGCAUGCUGCGUAUGAGAGUGAGUGGAGUGAAGUGAAGUGA